AAGGCAGAGCGGGAAUGGGGUUUAAUCCCCAUCCCCUGGGCACAGAGAAGGGUAUUUGGUGUAGAUAAAGCUCAUCUGGCACAUGACACUGUCCUUGCACUCAGCCCUGCCUUUGUCUGGUGCUGGCAGGCUCAAGGCUGGAGGAGAAGCCCUUCAGCGAGAUGGAAAUGUCUUACAUCAAGCAAGGAGAGGAAGCCCUGCAGAAAUCCCUCAGGAUCCUGGAGGACCAGGACGACUGGAAGACAGAGACGGUGGCGGGUAACGGAGACAAAGUGCUGAGCAAGGUGCUGCCGGACGUGGGGAAGGUGUUCCGGCUGGAGGUGGUGGUGGACCAGCCCCUGGACACGGUGUACGGAGAGCUGGUGGACAACAUGGAGCAGAUGGGAGACUGGAACCCCAACGUCAAGGAAGUCAGGAUUCUGGAGAAGAUUGGGAAGGACACGGUGAUCACCCACGAGAAGGCGGCCGCCACCCCCGGGAACAUCGUUGGGCCACGGGACUUUGUGAGCGUGCGGUGCGCCAAGAGACGCGGCUCCACCUGCGUGCUGGCCGGGAUGUCCACGACCUACGGGGCCAUGCCCGAGCAGGAGGGGUUCAUCAGGGCUGAGAACGGUCCCACCUGCAUGGUCCUGCGCCCGCUGCCCGGCAGCCCCUCCCAGACCCGGCUCACCUGGCUGCUCAGCAUCGACCUCAAGGGCUGGCUGCCCAAGACCAUCAUCAACCAGGUGCUGUCCCAGACACAGGUGGACUUUGCCAAGCACCUCCGGCAGCGCCUGGCCCGGCCAGUGCCCGUGACCUGCUGACCACCCCUGCUGACCACCCCUGCUGACCACCCCUGCAGGCCUGUCUUCAGGGGCACAGUGUGGAAUCUUGUCACUUCAAUUAGCCAAGGCCUUUAACAGCAGACUCCACUAAUUAAUCCAUAGUUACAAUCAAUAAAUAUAAAGGUUUAUUUAUUGCAGCUCAUUGUGUAAGUGCAGGACCAAACAUUUAAUUCCUGCAGUUGCUUAACUGAGCACGUGCUGGCCCAGUCAGACAACUCCACCCUCCCUAAUUACUUCCUAUGAAUAAAUAAAGCUUUAAUUAGUGCUGUCUACAA